CUCCCCCUUCCCAUCUAUCUUUCUCUCUCUCCCUCACUCUCUCUGUCCUCUCUGUAGAGAGACGAGAAGAGAAGAGAAGGCUUAAACAGGAGGCUUUGAUCAUCAGGGUCCUUCAAAUUAAAGUAAAAGUUAAUUCUUGCUUGAUGGAGUCGAUUAGCAUGGUACCUUCUACUACUAGUGCUCGGCACAGUAAGUCCCUUUUGGGAGUCUCUCCUCCUCAUCCUCAUCAUUAUCAUCAUCAGCAGCAGCAGCAACAGCAGCAGCGUCAUCUCCUAGAGGCAAUCUCGUUGCUUCUCUCUCGAUGGAAUGGUCUCCAAAUGGCCAUCCAGAACCAGUGGGGUGGCCAUGACUCUCUCCAGAAAUCCCACCAGCUCGAAACCGAUAUCUUCUCCUGGUUCUCUCAACCCAAAGCACUGCUUUGUGUGGAGGAUUUAGAGAACUUGCUCCAUGAAUGCAUGCUAUUCUCCUUCAACACGGAGAUUGAAGAUGGUAGUAUUGAGGAGGUGGCAGAACAGUUGAUGGUUAUGCAUGAAGAAUACAUGCAUAUAAUUCAAUAG